AAUGCUUAACUCAAAAGUAAAAAGAAAAACUAUCCAAAAACAAGCCCUAUCGAUUCUUGGUAUUUUCAAUGUGAAGAUCCAUAAAAAAGGCUGAAGUUUACGGCUGUUAGAAUUGGUACAACGAGGUAACUUUGAUGUUAGUGUAAGAGCUACAUGGCCAUAGCUCCUUCCGCGAGGCUGUGCUCCAGGCAGACACGAGCUCAUCAGGCGAUCAGUUUGGGUCGUUCUUCUAUCCAUCGAACGCCUACAUUCACUACUCACCAUCUUUUGAACAGACUGUAAACAUGACAGGCUCCAGCUCCACUGCCCAAUCCCGCGAGGACUGGGUCAGCCGCGAAUACUUCCAUCAUUCAUCCGCCCAACGCGUCAACACGGACAUUGUGCUCGUGGAAGCUCUCCGCAAGCAGUAUCCCGAUCUCGAGCUUGUUGUCGUGCCCGAAGGCAGCAUCAAUCUUAUCGCAUACGCCUCUGCCGGCUUCGCGACUGCCACGCCGCUUCAAGAUGCUGUUAGGGAUCCCAUCUAUGGGCCUGGCGUGAGCUGGCGUGCUUAUGCCCCUCCAGCGAGGCGGCUCGAUGGUAAAUCCGGCGUCAUGGUUGAGAGCGUCAUAUUUGGCAAGUAUGCAUACAAAUGGAACGAUGAAGACUUCAUACUGUACAUCGCAGAUGGGAGGGAUGGUGGCUCAUCGUAUCCCAGUGUAACGAACCAUUACCUUCUGACUAGCUCCACACACAAGGUGGAUGAACUGAUCAAGGAAGCUACACACUGGGGUCAUGAGUUGCACGACGAGGUCUGGGUCUUCGAUCAGGGCUAUUGGCAGAAGAGCCGAGAGCUGUGGAAUUCAGUCCAGAAGAGCACUUGGGACAAUGUCAUACUCGACGAAGAGAUGAAGAAUGCUCUUAUCACCGACGUGGAGAAUUUCUUUGACAGCCAAGACACAUACCAGAAAUUGAAGGUACCCUGGAAGCGAGGUGUCAUCUACUAUGGACCCCCCGGCAACGGAAAAACAAUCAGCAUAAAGGCCUUGAUGCGCAGCCUCUACCAACGCGGCUCCGAGGAAGGGGACUCGCGACUCAGCGUACCUACGCUCUACGUCCGUACGCUUGUUUCGUAUGGUGGGCCAGAGUUCUCGAUCAAUCAGAUCUUCUCAAAAGCCCGCCAACAAGCACCCUGCUUCCUCGUCUUCGAAGACAUAGACUCCCUCAUCAAUGACAGUGUGCGCUCCUACUUCCUCAACGCGGUCGAUGGUCUGCAAUCCAAUGACGGUAUUCUUAUGGUCGGCUCCACGAACCACCUCGAUAGACUUGACCCGGGCAUUGCGAAGCGACCCAGUCGCUUCGACAGGAAGUACUAUUUCCCUGACCCGAACUUUGACGAACGCGUCCAGUAUGCAAAGUUCUGGCAGGGUAAGCUAGAGGACAACAAAGACCUCGACUUUCCUGACAAGCUCUGCUCUAAGAUUGCCGAGAUUACAGACAAGUUCUCGUUUGCAUACAUGCAAGAAGCCUUUGUAGCCUCUCUACUUGCCAUUGCUGCACGUGGCGGAAAAGAUGAAGAUGUAAUGGAGGGUGAGAAACAUCAUUGGGCGGGCCACAUGGAUCCCCUCACCAAUGCUGAGCAGAUGGCCUGGGUCGACCGGUUCGACCGAGAGACGGAGAAGCCUGAUGCAGAGGUAGACAGCCUGGAGUUAUGGAAGGAGAUGCAGAAACAGGUCAAGAUCUUGAAGGAGGAGAUCAAGGAGGACGGCGCACCGGACAAGACCAUGGCUGCUGCUCCAGCGAUGCCAUCGUCGCUGCCGCAUAGAGCAAGUAAGGGAGACGGUGCGUUUAGGUUCCGAAAUGAACUCGGUGCCAUGUUGGGAAAUGAACGCCAGAGUUCAAGGAGUGCGGCCACCGACUUCUGGGGCGCCAACCGGGAUUGAUGUGUGAGAUGGCGAGGAUAUGAUGGAGUUUGAAAUGUUUCUUAUGUAGCACGAAUCUAUUUAACAUGACCAGACACAUGAUGCACUUGGAUUCGCACAGUCUUACUUCCGGCUCUCCUCUUCCUCUGGCGUGCGAGUGGUGAGCUGUAGAGCGUGGAUACCGCCUUCCUUUGCCAUUUCGUCUUUCAUGAGCGAAUUGAUCAUGCGGUGGCGCGCGAGCUGCAUCUUGCCCUUGAAGGCGUCGGAUGUGACGAAGACACUGUGAGAGUUAGUGGGGAUCAUGUCAUACUCCAACUAUAAUGAUAAUAUUGGA